GUAAUAAAUUCGGUCAUUUGUGAUCCUGGUGAUGGGGAAAUUAUACUGCUGUGCCACGAACUGUCACAAUUAUAGUGGCAAAAAUAUUAAGGAUAGAAAAGUGACAUUACAUCGAUUCCCAGUUAAUAAAAAACAUAAAAUGAUAUGGAAAAACCGUGUCAGCCGCAAGAAUUGGAAGCCAACAAGUUGCUCUAGACUAUGUUCCGAGCAUUUCAUCUCGCUGUCUGGUCCGACGAAGGAGCAUCCAUUACCAUCUAUUUUUCAUCACAAAACAUUUAAGACUACAAACUUUGACCAAACAACGGAGGUUUUAAAAGAAAUAAAUGACAAUCAACAAGAAAAUACAGUGAGAUCAGAUUCAGAGACCUCAGAGUCCGAUUCUGCUGAAAACCCUAGUUUUACAGUUGAUGCAAACAAAUCUGUAUUGGACACAUCCGUAUUAAUGCACGAUUACUGUGGAUUGAUAGAAACAUCAACCUUAUCUCAUCAGAAAAAUCAACUGACACAAACUGAUGUUCAACAGAAUGACAGUGUUUGUAUUCAGACAAUUGAAAGUUACCUUGAUACAUGUGGGAGUAAUAUGGUCUCUUCAAAAAAAUUAUGUGACAAAAGUACUGGUACAACCUUACCGUUUUUAACAGUUGAAGACUUGAAACAGGAUAUUUCAUUUUAUACUGGUCUGCCAAACAAGGAGACUUUUUAUUUAUUAUUCCAACAUCUGUCAGACUUUCAUAAAUGUACAGUUCCUGAUACUGGAGGAAGACCCAAAAAAAUGAGAGAUAUUGAUGAGUUUUUAAUGGUAUUAAUGCGUUUAAGGUUAGGACUCUUAAUUCAAGAUUAA